AUGAGCAUACGCGAGUGGAUUUCUGACGCAAUCAUUGAACUAAUUGGCGAGAGCAAUUCAGAUAUCGUCGAUUAUGUGCUGCAUCUAGCAAAGACGUGUGCCAGCGAGUCCGACCUGACAAAAUCGCUUGUGACAGCGGAGCUGCCAAGCAGCCCUGCAACCGAGGCGUUUGCUAAGCAGCUAUUCGCGCGGGUUCCUCGGGCAGCUGCGAAGCCAAAACCAUCACAGCGAUCAGAUCCCCGAGAAACUGACGAUGAGCUGACACAAAGCAUCAAGAUCAAGAAGAGCGAAGGUGGCUCAGAACCACGGGUGCGUGGCAGGAACAUUCGAAAGCGGGUCGAUACUAGCGAGGAUGAAGAAGACCGCGAGGAGCUCGAGGCGCGCAUCAAGCGGGCCAAGACCGGAGUUCCCGACGACGACGACGACUAUGAGGACAGCGAACAAGGCGCCGAAGAGGAAGCCGAGGAUUCCGCCGACAAGGACGCGCUGGAACGCGAUGCAUUCGCAGAGCGGCUGAGGCAAAAAGACAAGGACCGCACUAAGCAGAUCGUCGAAGACCGGUCAGCAAACCCUGAGCAAAAGAAACGGCGCGACCUGGCCAACGACCGGGAGGCGCGGCAAAAGGAGGUGGGCGAUAUACGCGACCGUGCACGCCAAGAGUACUUGAAGCUGCGCGAAGAGCAGCGCCUGGAGCUGCUGCGGCAGGAGAUUGCCAACGAGGAGUCAAUGUUCAAGGGCGAGGUCAUGACCGACAAGGAGGUCAACGAGCUCGAAUACAAGAAGGAGUUGCUGCGGCUGGCGGAGGAGCGCAGGAACCUGGGGGAUGAAGCCGACACGUAUGCGAUGCCUGAGGACUACAUCACUGAGAAGGGCAAGAUCGACCGCAAAAAGAAGCAGGACGCACUGUACAAGCGAUACGAGGACAGCAAGGCGGAGGUGGUGCUGACGGAGCAGCAGCAGUGGGAGCAGCAGCAGAUCCACAAGGGCAAGCUGCCGGCUAAGGAGAAGUCGGGCGGCAAAGAGUACGACUACGUGCUGGAUCUCGACAACAUCGACUUUGUGCUCGAGGAGACAAUGAACGCCGAGAAGGAGCAGGAUGCGCGACAGCAGGCCAUUGAGGCGAUCGAACAGAAGGAGCGGUCGAUUCGGGAGGUGCGCGAGUCACUGCCCAUCUUCAAGUGCCGCGACAAACUCCUUGACAUGAUUGAGCGCAACCAGAUCAUGAUCAUUGUCGGCGAGACCGGAUCGGGAAAAACGACGCAAAUCACGCAGUACCUGCGCGAAGCAGGGUACACGAGAGACGGCAAGAAGAUCGGGUGCACCCAGCCACGUCGGGUCGCAGCCAUGAGCGUCGCCGCACGUGUUUCCGAGGAGGUCGGGACGAAGCUGGGCCAGAAGGUCGGGUAUGCGAUUCGCUUCGAGGACUGCACGUCUGAGCGUACCGAGAUUGUCUAUAUGACUGACGGCCUGUUGCUGCGUGAGUUUAUGACUGAGCCCGACCUUGGCGGCUACUCGGUCCUCAUGAUUGACGAGAGCCACGAGCGCACACUGCACACCGAUAUCCUGCUGGCGCUGGUCAAGGAUGUCGCUCGCUUCCGGCCCGAUCUCAAGCUGCUAAUUGCCAGUGCCACGAUGAAUGCAGAAAAGUUCUCCGAAUACUUUGACGGUGCGCCGAUUUUCAACAUCCCCGGGCGGACGUACCCCAUCGAGAUGCACUACACAAAGGCACCUGAGGCCAACUACCUAUCGGCAAGUGUGGGAUCAGUCCUCCAGAUCCACGCAUCGCAGCCCAAGGGCGAUAUCCUGGAUGAGAUUGAGCAGGCGCAGGAGAGCUUGUCGCAGGCCAUGAAGGCACUGGGCAGCAAGGUGCCGGAGCUGAUCAUCUGCCCUAUCUACGCAAACCUGCCAGCCGACCUGCAGGCCAGGAUCUUCGAACCAACACCCGAGGGGGCGCGCAAGGUCGUGCUUGCCACUAACAUUGCCGAGACAUCCAUCACCAUCGACGGUGUCGUGUAUGUGAUUGACCCGGGCUUUGUCAAGCAGAACUCGUACAACCCACGCACCGGCAUGGAGUCGCUGCAGGUGGUGCCGUGCUCCAAGGCCUCGGUUAACCAGCGUGCCGGGCGUGCUGGACGAGUCGGACCAGGCAAGUGCUUCCGGCUGUACACGAAGCAAGCGUUCCUGACCGAGCUCGAGGACAGCACGCCGCCCGAGAUCCUGCGCACCAACCUGUCGAGCGUGGUGCUGACGCUCAAGUGCCUUGGGAUCCACAACCUUAUCGACUUUGACUUCAUGGACCCGCCCAGCGCCUCCGCCCUGCAGCAGAGCCUGGAGCACCUGUAUGCCCUGGGGGCGCUGAAUGAGCGUGGCGAUCUGACCAAGCUAGGUCGGCGCAUGGCCGAGUUCCCGAUGGACCCGAUGAUGGCCAAGGCACUGCUUGCGUCCGAACAGUACCACUGCUCGGAGGAGAUGGCAUCGAUCUGCGCCAUGCUGUCGGUUUCUGCGGCCGUCCUGUACCGCCCCAAAGACAAGAAGGUGGCGGCUGACCGGGCCCACGCAAACUUUGUCCGUCCCGGCGGCGACCACAUCACGCUGCUGACGAUCUGGGAGCAGUGGGUCGAGACCGGGUGCUCAAUGCAGUGGUGCUACGAGAACUUUGUGCAGUACCGCUCCAUGUGCCGCGCCCGCGACAUGCGCGACCAGAUCAUUGGGCUGAUGGAGCGCGUCGAGAUUGUGCCUGAGUCGAACCCGAACCCGAACGACACUGUGCCGAUCCGCAAGGCCCUGACCGCCGGGUUCUUCUACAACACGGCUCGGCUGCAGCGCUCCGGCGACAGCUAUGCGACCAUCAAGCGGCGGCAGACCGUGUACAUCCACCCCAGCAGCUCGCUGCACGAGGAGCGGCCCAAGCUGGUGCUGUACUAUGAGCUGGUGCUGACGUCGCGCGAGUUCAUGCGCCAGGUGGUUGAGAUUGAGGCCAAGUGGCUGCUGGAGGUGGCACCCCACUACUACAAGAAGCAGGAGCUCGAGGGCGACUUUAAGCGCAAGAUGCCCAAGACAAUCAAGUAA